AAAGAUCAGUAUAUGUCCAUUAGCAAUAAAAGAAAAAUAUAUUAAAGAAGAUCAUCAUCAUGAAGACAAUAAUAAUAAUAAAGAUAAUGAUAUUGAAAACAAAUACAACUCAACCAUUACCACCAAUUCCAACAAUACUACCUCCAACAACAUUAACAAUGAUGUCAUUAUGAUGGAUUCAACUGGAUUGCAAAUCUUCAAGGAUUUGCAAAUUGAAUUGGAUAGACAUUAUUGUUACUAUAAAGAUAAUAUUGAUGAUAAUAAUGCAGAAGAUAUUGAUAAUUUAAAAAAUGGUGAAAAUGAAGUUGAUAAUGUUGAUAUUAAAAUUGCUGAUGGUGUCAAUAAUAGGAAAUUUAUCCAUUUAACCAUUGAUGAUGCAUUAGAUUAUAUAAAUCAAUAUAAGAAUGAUUCAUAG